AUGCUCAAGUUCAUCCUGGGACCUGCAGAGUUUGUUUUGCAUCAUCUGGAGACUCGGAUACAGCUCUCUGAAAAGAUCGACAUCCUGCUGCUCAAAAACUCGUAUGAUGAUAUUGAGUUCCGGUCGCUGGUUCAUCGCGUCGCAAAGAAGAUUGGGUCGCGACAACCUACAUCCACACUGGAACAGCUCAAGUCCAGAAUGUACCAGUAUCUUGAAGGAGCUAUAUCAGAUCCAUCGCGUUAUAUCCGACCAGAGCUCAUUACAAAGUUCAUGCCCCCUACGCGUUGGGCGACCCUCCUGGACCGCGACUAUAUCGCCUCUUGCUAUUUGGACGAGUGUAGCCCCCAAAUGCUGUUGUUCUUGGACACCCUUCGGACAAUGGGGAUUUCUCCCUCUCUCCUUGCACUGGACCUUGUCCCCUCAGGCACUCUCUCCGAGGGCAUUCUAAAUGUUCUCACAGCCCGGCAGCAAGUACAAUCUGUUCUUACAAAUCAGGCCCGUAUCUUCAUCAAGAACUCGGUGUCGCCUGCUGUGGGCUGUGUAAACUACGGAUUCGAACAAGUGUUUCUCACAAUUAUGGACUUUCGAGAUGUGCUCGCAGAGUUACAGCUUCACUUGACAAGUGCGGGUGUCGAGCUAGUAGACUCCCUCAAGAUUGCAAAGGGGGGUCAGAUUGAUAUCUCUAAAAUGGAGAAGUUUCACGAAAGCAUGAAGCAGCUCCUUCUUUCGAUCCCUGUCGCCCCUAGUUAUUUUCUACCAAGACUGCUAUGGACAACCGCUCUGAGCUUAGAGGCUUGCAGGGAUCUUGAGGAGGCUUUUGGCCCUGCUUCUCCUGCCUAUGGCAAGGUAUGUUUGUGA